AUGUCCCUCUACGACAUGACGGAGCUCAAACCCCAUCCAUCCUCCUCGACAUCCCAUCACCCCGCUCCUCCUCCGCCAUACACCCUACACCCCACCCCUUCUUCUGCCCCCUGCCGCGAGCCCAACCAUUUAGCCCUCGUCGCACGAACACGUCCCCCACACCGGAUGGGCAAAUCCUACAAGAACGAACCCAAAGACGUCUUGUUCGACGGCUAUUCCGACGAUCCGAAGGAUGCGCUUAUGGACUUUGAAUCUGUUCUCGCUCAUCCGCUUUCCGCGCCGAUCGACAUACAGGCUUACUGCACAUUGGUAUACCGAUGCGUCCACUUCAAGUCACGCGGUCCUUACUCCGACUUUUACUCGAGCCCCAGGUCAGAAAAUGAGAUCAGAGAGGGCGCCAGAGCUGUGUUAUGGGAGAAGAAGAUGAACAGAGGCUUCUUCCUCGACGAAUUCCCAUGCCCGCCGGGAAAACCCUCGACCACCACCUUAUGGACCUGGUCGCAACCUCGCAAGAGCUUCAUGCCUCGUUUCGCCAACUCACCUUUGCACCUCUUGGAAGGCGUCCCGAAGGUAUUCGGUUCUUACCAUUCCAUCCUAAAGGGCGAUGCUGGAGAGAUGCACGGUCCUUCCUCCUCGCUUCAGGAGGUGAUCGCAUCCUCAGCGUCCCGACGACCCCUUCUCCAGAUCCGACGACCCCUCAUCGACUUUACGCCUCCCGUGCUCAACGGUCCGUCCUCAUCGGCGCCGUGCCAGCUGCCAACUGCCUGCUACGUCGCCAUAUCGCCUAUCGCUCUCCUACGUUUCGAUUGA